AUGUUUGGAGAAUGUAACUACCGGUCGCAUCAUCUACUGUUUCUCGGUGCCUCUGCAUCUUCUCUCUUUUUCACUCUCUCAUUGGGUCUAUCAAUCAAGUGUGUAUGGGUCUUUUCCAACAUUCUGUCUGCAACAAACCAAAGGACUCGUAAAGACCCGCUUGCUCUCAGUCGCAUUGGUCUUGUCUCGUGUUGGCGUCUUGGUCAUGUCGUCGUUGAUGUCGAUGCUAUCGAAGAUGUCAAAGAUGUUGAUGAUGGGCUCGAGCUUGACGAUUUGGGCGAGUUUGACAACGUUGACGAUGUCGGAGAUGUUAACGAUGAAAAAGAUGUUGACAAUAUUGUAGGAUUUCGUCUGUCGUUGUGUCCAGUGAACCGGGCAGAUAUGCAACGAACAUUGCAGAAAGCGGACGACAGGAAGAGUCGACUAGAGACAAGAGCUCUGCCUGGAAGUGUACGAUUGGGCAGCCGCAAGGGGAAAUGCGUAGCAAGAAGACUCCAUUUCAGGUCCGUUUUGGGUUGCGUGGUAGGAGGGACUGGAAGAGUUGGCAGGCAGAGCAAGGACCAUCUUCUCCAUUCCACGUCUGAGGGAGCUGGUCGACCAAACCCCUCAGCUCAAACCUUCAAAAAGGCUCGACUUCGGCCUCAUUUGAGGAGACCCAAUUUUGUCUUGCCUUCCAGCCGCACCAGGUCAAGGCGUAACCUCGUCGGUUGUCGAGACAAGAUUCGUCCUGAAAGCCAUUCAUGCCGAACAACCACAUCGAUUGGUGCUGGAAUGCAACUUUGCGUGACAACAGCCAGCAGGACCCUUGAGACAUUCCACGCGCCUGUUUUAUGA